UCAAGAAUGAAUAAAAGGAGUCCAACUUCUCCAAUUCUGAAGCACUAAUUCAUGGGAGGAGAAAUGGUACCAGAGGUGGCUUUGAACUCUGGACAUACACUGCCAUUUAUUGGUUUGGGGACAGCAUGCGACCCAAGACCGCCAGCCAACCUUCUCACCUCCACUUUCAUUGAUGCCAUCGAAGCUGGUUACCGGCACUUUGAUACUGCUUCUGUCUACAGAACUGAAGAGCCCAUCGGGCAAGCAAUAGCCAAAGCUCUUGAGCGAGGGCUGAUCAAGAACCGCAGUGAUGUUUUCAUUACUUCCAAAUUAUGGGUCACAGACACAGAGCAUGAUCUGGUCCUCCCAGCACUCAAGAAAUCACUCCAGAACCUUGGGUUAGAAUAUGUGGAUCUCUACCUCGUACAUUGGCCUGUGAGGUUGAAACAAGGAGCCAUGUUCCCUUUUCUCAAGGAGGACCACCUUACCUUUGAUAUGAAAGGGACUUGGGAAGCCAUGGAAGACUGUUGCAGACUGGGCCUGACAAAGUCUAUUGGUGUAAGCAAUUUCUCCUGCAAGAAGCUUUCACAACUUCUAGCCCACGCCACCAUCCCUCCCUCUGUGAAUCAGGUGGAAAUAAAUCCUUCAUGGCAGCAGAGAAAACUGAGGGAAUUCUGCUGUGAGAAUGGGAUCCAUGUGAGCGGAUGGUCGCCUUUAGGAGCAUAUGGAGAAUAUUGGGGUUCUUCUUCAGUCAUGGAGAGUCCAAUCCUCAAGGGUAUUGCCAUAGCUAGGGAGAAGACCACUGCACAGAUUGCAUUGAGGUGGAUUUACGAGCAAGGAGUUAGUGUAAUUGUGAAGAGCUUUAGCAAGGAGAGAAUGAGAGCAAACCUUCAAAUCUUCGAUUGGAAACUCAGCAAGGAAGAUCGAGAUAAGAUUAGCCAGAUUCCACAGAAAAAGGGAUUUUUAGGAGAAGCCUUUGUUUCACCACAUGGGUCUUACAAGUCACUGGAGGAACUUUGGGAUGCUGAGGUGUAAGAUCUUCAUUCUGUAUAUGA